AUGUUUAACCGAGUCCUUCCGUCGCUGAAGCGCAGCGCUAUGCGUGCUAGCCAGCCCGUUCUGGCUCGCACCAUGGCUUCGCAGGCUGCCACUAGCACUGGUUCCAUCAAAGCCGUUAUUGGUGCCGUUGUCGAUGUCCAGUUCGAGCAGGGUCAGUUGCCCGCCAUUCUUAACGCCCUGACUUUGAAGAAGUCGGACGGCGAGAAGCUUGUUCUCGAGGUCGCCCAGCACUUGGGUGAGAACACCGUCCGUACCAUUGCUAUGGACGGUACCGAGGGUCUUGUCCGUGGUACCGCUGUCACCGACACCGGUUCCCCCAUCAUGGUCCCCGUCGGUGACGGUACCCUUGGUCGUAUUCUGAACGUUAUCGGUGAGCCCGUCGACGACCGUGGCCCCGUCAAGACCAACGUCUACCGCCCCAUCCACGCCGACGCUCCCACAUUCGCUGAGCAGUCUACCUCUGCUGAGGUGUUGGAGACCGGUAUCAAGGUUGUCGACUUGCUUGCCCCCUACGCCAAGGGUGGUAAGAUUGGUCUUUUCGGUGGUGCCGGUGUCGGCAAGACCGUUUUCAUUCAGGAGCUGAUCAACAACAUUGCCAAGGCGCACGGUGGUUACUCCGUCUUCACUGGUGUCGGUGAGCGCACCCGUGAGGGUAACGAUUUGUACAAGGAAAUGAUCGAGUCCGGUGUCAUCAACUUGGAGGGCUCCUCCAAGGUCGCUCUUGUGUUCGGUCAGAUGAACGAGCCUCCUGGAGCCCGUGCCCGUGUUGCUUUGACCGGUCUGACCAUUGCCGAGUACUUCCGUGACGACGAGGGCAAGGACGUGCUUUUGUUCGUCGACAACAUUUUCCGCUUCACCCAGGCCGGUUCUGAGGUGUCGGCCUUGUUGGGUCGUAUCCCCUCUGCCGUCGGUUACCAGCCCACCCUGGCCACCGAUAUGGGUGCUCUGCAGGAGCGUAUCACCACCACCACCAAGGGUUCCGUCACCUCCGUCCAGGCCGUCUACGUGCCUGCCGAUGAUUUGACCGAUCCCGCCCCUGCCACCACCUUUGCUCACUUGGAUGCCACCACUGUCUUGUCCCGUGCCAUUUCCGAGUUGGGUAUCUACCCUGCUGUCGACCCUCUGGACUCCAAGUCCCGUCUGCUCGACGCCUCGGUCGUUGGCCAGGAGCACUACAACGUCGCUACCAAGGUCCAGCAGACUUUGCAGGCCUACAAGUCCCUCCAGGAUCUUAUUGCCAUUCUGGGUAUGGACGAGUUGUCUGAGGCCGACAAGCUGACCGUCGAGCGUGCUCGUAAGAUGCAGCGUUUCCUCUCCCAGCCUUUCGCUGUCGCCGAGGUCUUCACUGGUAUCGAGGGUCGUCUCGUUGCCCUCAAGGACACCAUCCGCUCCUUCAAGGAGAUUCUCGACGGCAAGUGUGACCACCUGCCCGAAGCCGCCUUCUACAUGGUCGGCGACAUCGAGGAGGUCCAGUCCAAGGCCGAGAAGAUCGCUUCUGAGUCCUCUUAA